ACGACUACAUAAUCUUAGUCUAACGCCUAAUUUUUGAAUGGACCUUGACUGUUUCUCUUCUGGUAGCAUAUACAAACGUCAAGUGUUUACGUUAGCUAUGCUAGGAAAACAUGGAGCAGAGUUAUGAAGAGGAAAUUAAGAUACUACAGCAAGAAAUCGAAAUGUAUGAAGCUGAACAGGAAAACUGUAUGCGAAGUAUUUCGACCGAACAUGGAGAUGUCAUGCAAAGUAUUUUAAAGACUGUCUGCAGCCACAAGGAAAGAGGGGAUGGAGUCUUAAAGAAAGAUGUUUCAAAACUGAUAACCGAAAUUACUAAUAUGGAGACGGACCUUAGAAGACAAACAAAAAUCAGUGAAAUAUCUCUCUCCGAGUGCUGUGUUAAGACCCUGGAGAAAAGGAAAAGGGAGACCAUACAACAGUACAGACUCUCUGGUCACUGUCGCUUUCUCUCAUUUCAAGUUGAGUUUGCACUGACUGAGAUUCAGGACAGUGACAGUUUCCUGAGAAAAGUGACUGACCUCAACAUCAUAGUGGAUGGUGCUGAGUUUAAAGACUUGGGUGCAUUUGUGUCAAGAGUAGAGGAAACAAAGAGCCUUUACCUUUUCUUCAGAACCCUGAGGUUAUUUUCAGACAGAUGUGAUGAAAGAGCUCGCACAUUUCGGUACUUUAAGGAGAAAUACCCAGAUGUGGUGUGCCUUCCAGAAGGAUGCAGUUCUGAAGUCAUGAUCAUACAAAGUCCCAGUCUUACAGGGUAUACCAUGAACAUUUACUGGAGCAUUAGUGUGAGUAAAGAAGGAGUCAUCAAACCAAAGAUUGAGCUACUGAUGAAGAUGCCUGACCAAGCCCAACAAAUGGAUUCCCAGAAUGUGAUGGAAACUGCACCUGAAUGCUUUCGAAGUCUUCUGAUGAUUUUUGGGGUGGAAAUCUCAAUCGAAUGUUUAAUAAAAACCAUGCAUUUCUGAACUGUAAUGGCACCAGACUGAAUAGAUCUGGAAAAACAAUUCAGUGAAACUUGUGUAUCCAUGAUCCCUUUUAAAAAUAAUUUUAUUCAGUAUUACCACCACUGUAGAGUGACCCAUUAGGAAAUGUAUUAAUCCCAUCUGUACACAUUCCAUCACGUAUAUGUAUGUAUGUGAUAUAUAUACACACACACACACACACACACACACACACAAACACCUAUUGUAUGUAAAUAUACAUCAUUAGACCAUAUCUAGAAAAAUAAAUAAUUUAAAUACAAAAUGUGACAGCAAAAUCCACUUUGUAUUUUGAAAGUUUAACAUUUUAGUCCUUACUUCAGCUGCAUCACAGUGAUUGUGAUUUCUUUAGACAUUAAUAUUCACUCCUACUUAGGUUCAGCAGUUUAGCAAAUACAAAUCCUUGUAGUGGGUGUCAUAUUUAACAACAUUUCAAGUUAGUACAAAGAUUUAUGUUUUAUUUUGAAUGAAAACCUUCACUCUGGCACAAAUGGAUUUGUAUCUUGCAUUGAGUUAGUCAUUUGGGUCUUGUACUGGUUUCUCCUUAAACUGGAUGAAGCUGUUUCAGUAUUUUUUAUACUUUUGUAAGGACAACAUUCUUUGACUAAAAUCAGUAUGUCUCGCAGUAAAGAGACACAGAUGUACACAAGGAGGAACAAUAAAAGUGUUGACAUAUUAAA